AUGCCAUCCUUCCACAUCACCGAACCCCACCCCUCCCCCAAAGCUCCCUACAUCUACUCCGGCCGUGGUGGCGCCGGCAACGCCCUGCGCAUCACCCCAAGCACCCUCACCCCCGGCGCCACAGCCUCUGGCCCUGCCUCACGCGCAAAGCUGCCCUCUCCUCCCACCAACAACGUCUACGCCACCGGCCGCGGCGGCGCCGGCAACAUGAAGACACGCACCGAGCACCGCGCCAUGUUCUCCUUUGACGAGGAGCUGCAGCAGCAAGAACGUCUGCGCAGUCAGCAGGCCCCCGUCUACCACAUUGGCCGCGGCGGCGCCGGCAACCUCAUCGACGAGAUGAAGCCCCGGCCGCGCACGAUGAGGCAGGGCAGUGCGAGCAGUGAGAGUAGUGUGGAGAGUGAAAAGGAUGGGGUGAGGCGGAGUAUGGAUAGUGCGUGGAAGAGGUUCAGCCGCGGAUUCGGCCAUUCAUAG